GUGUGUGUGUGUGACUGCAGACGGUGGAAUAAACUGACCCGAGCUGGAUUAUUCAUUAUAAAGUGUUCAUGUUUAAUUUCUCUUUGGAAAGAGAGCCUUUCGUUGGGUUCUGUGAUGGGUCCUCGUGUUGUCCUGCUCGCAGCUGUGCUGUCGUGUUGUUCAGGAGACUUGGUGCAUGGACCCCCAGAGACGGUCCUGGCCUUGGCAGGCGGGGAUGUCACUCUACCCUGCAACUUCAGCAUCCCGGCCAGCGAGGACUUUCCGACAGUUGAGUGGUCCAAGGAAGGCCUGCAGCCGAACGUGGUGUUCCUGUACCGUGAUGGCUGCGAGACGCCCGAGAUGAAGAACCCGGCCUUUCGGUACAGGACAAGCCUCAUCACGAAGGAACUGAAGAACGGAAACGUCUCGCUGAGGAUCUCCAACGUGCAGCUGACUGAUGCCGGGAAGUACCAGUGCAUGAGGCUCUGGAAGGAGGACCCCUGGGACAUUACAGUAGUGGAGCUUGUUGUGGGUGCCGUCUCAGAGCCUAAACUCUCCGUCACGGCAGCCGAGGGUGGAGGCGUGACCUUCCAGUGUGCGGCGGACUGCUGGCUGCCGGAGCCCGAGAUCUACUUUCUGGACGAGCAUGGAAACAAAAUCGCCGCCGACGAACCGAAGAGAGAUCGAGAUGCCCGCGGAUGUUUCUCCGUGACACGGAAAGCGACUCUCCAGGACGCCACCAACAGGGUCUCCUGCCGAGUUCACCAGCCGGAGAUCAACCAGACCAGGGACGUGGAGAUGAUGCUGCCGGGUGUUGGAAGGUGUUGGUGCUCUCUACUCGACUUCAUCGCUGUCGUGAGCGUUUUACUUCUAUGCAACGCUUCGUGUGCAUUAGCCGUCUUUCUUUGGAAGAAGUGCAGAAAAUCUGCGGAGUCGCCAAACUCGCCAACGUCUUCAUAUCAAAGUACAAGAAGCUGCUCCUGUGAAGAUAAGUCGCUGCUGCAGAGUGUUCAUGUUAUCGGGACUGAAAACAGGAGAAACACCACCACAGAGAUGCUGACGAUGAAGGUGAGGGACCUCGAGUUAAAGCUGAAAGAGAAAGAAGAUGCCAUCCUCCAGCUACGGAGCAACAACGGAGCCCAGCUGAUUGAUGUUGUUUGCCUGAAUGACGUGUUCCUCGACAGUCCUGCAGCCUCAACCAACAGCAGCCCUCCAACAUCUGGCAACUUACCCCAGAACAAGAGGAAAAGGCCGGGCAUCUUACGACAGAUCAGUCAUCCGGCACCCAGCUGCUCCAUUAAAAAAUUAUGUCGUAGACACAGCAGCCCGGCUCAUUUGAACUUUUCUGGUUCCAGUCCUUCGGAGAAAAGGCCCGGUCGUAUCAACCGUUCCAUGAGUGACCCUCGUGCUUUUGGGCUCUGUCCAAACCGACAUUCCUCGGUGUUUCCAUCUCCAGCGAGGUCUAAUGGUCCCUUCACAUACCUGGCAAAUGUGACGGAAGAAUCUGAGAUGUUAAUCGCACAAUAAAACACAGAAGUCUCAGUCUUGGAUUUCCCGAAACGUUAGGAAAUUAUAAACGUUUUUUAACAGCUCAGGUUGAAAUCAAUUAAAUUUGCCCCAAAAAUAACUUCAUCAGCUUUUAAGCUAACAUGACACAUUUUAAUUAGGGAGGCGGACUUUGACUGGACGGAGAUGUUUUCCCCCAUUUCCAGUCUUUAUGCUAAGCUAAGCUAAGCUAACUGGGUGCUACAUAUUUAUCAUACAGAAAGAUUUAUAUGAAUCUUCUCAUCUAAUUCUUGACAAGAAAGAGAACAAGCGUAUU